AUGGAAUGUGAACUCGAAACAUUAAUGAAAACAAACUCGAACUGGAAUAAUAAUCUUGAUAAACACAAUAAAAAUCUGGAAGUAUCUAAUAGUUCUGAUGGACAUUAUGAAAAUUCACUAAACAAUAAAACGAAUAGAAAUAAGAUCGAUCAAUAUCAUGGUUAUAUUACCAACAAAUCCAACAAAGAAUUGAAUAAUUUUAACGAGAACAAGACUAAUUCAUCUGAAGGACAGGGACAAAACAGAGAACUAAAUGACUCAUACCAUCGUCCUCAUUAUCAUCAAGCUAUCAACAAUGAGAUCAUAAAAGGCAACUGCCUAUUUCAGUCAACCUUAAAACAACCAGAAAAUUCCAAAAUAAUUGAUUGGUCCAACAGCAAUAAUCAAACUAUCGAUGGAAAUAUUUAUAGUGACCAUUCACAAAAUAAAUGUGAACAAUCAUUGAUUUCUGAUAAACAACCAAUAUACCCUGAUCAUGUUUCAUGUUAUCCAACUCAUUGUAUCACCGAUUCGUCAGGUUACACUUCGUCAAAUUCUUCAUUUUCAAAUUCAUUAUCCGAAUGUUCCACAUCGUCAUCGUCAUCUUUGACAGUAGUUAGUAAGAUUAACUUACCUAUUGGAGAUGACGAUGCUACUCAUAAGAAUAUAAUCAGUAGGUUAGAUUGUACUGAUGAUAAAUUUCAUUCUAACAGAUUAAAAGAAAUGAAUUAUGAGAAAUAUUUACAUGUGAAUUUAUAUUCAACACAAAAUGAUGACCAGUAUUCCCAAAAAUGCCUAAAUUUGACUGAAUUAAAUGAAGCAUAUCAUCAACAGACUAAUGUAAGUAGUAAUGUAAAUUGUACAGACAGCGGUUUCAACAAUUCACUGGCCGCUUAUUUACAGUCAAAUAAACAUUUUAUGAAUGAUAAUAAUUAUCGUUAUAGUGAUAUUUUAAUGGAACAAAAAAAGUGCACUUGGAGGAAUGAUCUUAUGUACAAAGGUUUUAGUAAAUUAAAGACAAAUAUAAUUGAAGGUGAUGACAAUAAUAGUGAAGAGGAUGACGAAGGAAAUGACGAUGUUGGUCAGGAUGAUUAUCUAAGUGAAGGUGGUACAAGACAAAGAACAGAUCAUCAAUUAAAUUUAAACCAUACUGUAAAUGAAUUAGACAUUAAUGUUCCUAUUCAGUUAACCAACAAUAAUCCUCAUACAUUAACAAUUGCAAAAAAAUAUAAUAAACAUACAGCACACGAAAUUGGAUUUGUUGACGGAAUGAUCUUAGACUGUAACAAUGAUGAAAUGAUGAACAAUAUGACUAAAAUGUUGAAUUUUACACAGUCAAGACAACUUAUCAACAAUUCAGCUUUUCCAAUAAACGGAUAUACAACAACAAUAACAACAGUUCCACUAUCAUCCUCCUCCGCCGUAUCAUCAUCAUCUUUAUCAAGAAUAACAAUGACAUCAAGUGUCUCCGUCUCUAAUAACAUCCAAACAACAUCAUCAACAGCGAAUUGUACACGACAAAUUAAUCAUGAAAAAAAUAAAAAACUACGUAAACCACGUACAAUUUAUUCUAGUAUGCAAUUACAACAAUUAGCUAAACGAUUUCAUUUAACUCAGUAUUUAAGUUUACCUGAAAGAGCAGAAUUAGCCGCAUCGUUGGGAUUAACACAAACUCAGGUUAAAAUAUGGUUUCAAAAUAGGCAAACAAGUGAAUUAAAUAAUCAAAUAGAGAAUAUUUAUGAAGAUUGUCAUGAUCUCUUAAUGAAAACUAUGCCAUCUGAAACCGAUAUUCCCAUCAAUUCAGAUGAUAUACCGAUUGACUCUUCGUCUGGAUUUGAAAAUGGUCAUUCGAAUAGUAACUCAAAUAGUCCAAUCAUUCAGUCAAUAAUUAGUUCACCUGAAACUAAUCUCAAUAAACAUAUUACUAAUACUAAUAACAAUAAUAAUUAUGUUAAAUUGGAUUUACAGCCUAAUAAUUUCGUAAAAUAUGAAAUCACAUCGUCAGGCAAUUUAAGUUAUCAAACAUGGUCAACAGAUAUGAAAGAUGAUUACAGUAUUUCUAUUGAUGGUCAAACAGUUCAAAAUCAAGUAAAAUUCAAUGAUUCAACACAAUGUAAUAAUUAUUUAAAUCAAAAUUUUUAUUCCUCAACUAAUACUGAUCAAAUAAAUCUAUUGGAUGCAUUACCGAGACCAUAUUAUUGGACAAAAUCAUUGUUUGAAUCAUCAUCGUCAUCUAAUUAUUGGUUACCGAUGUCAACAAGUAAUCAAUGUUCAUAUUUUAAUCCAAAAUCGUAUUCAACUCCAAGAUGCGACGAUGAUGAUAACGAUGAAGAUGAUGAUGAUGAUGAUGACAACAAUGAUGAAGAUGAUGAUGAACAUGAAAACAGUGAAUUAGAACAUGAUACGAGUAAUGACAUUAAUAAUAAUACACAUGAUACAUGGACUUUUAAUAGAUCCAAUGAUUAUAGCUAUUUAAAUUCAACAACAACUAAGGAUAGAUUAAAAAAUUCUGAAAUAAUUUAUCCCAAAUCACCAUCACAAACUUCCUCAUAUCACGAAUGGAGAAAAUACUGUUUAAAUAACGACGCAAAUCAAUUGGUUUAUAACUAUGAACAAAGUAAUUCACCAAAAACAUCUCAAGAUCCAUUCAAUUACAAUUUCCAUUCCUCUUGCUCACAAACAUUACCUGCAAUACCACCGAUACCUUCAGCGUUAAUAUCAUCAGCUGAAACACAACCAUCAUCAUGGUCUCUUAUAGAAUCAAUCUGUGUACAACAACAACACCAACAACAAAAAACUGGUGAAAAUGAAAAAAACUCUGUCAUUAUUACAAAUCAUAAUUUCACCAAAAUAUCCGAUACUCAUAAGAACACUAUUAUUCCAUUAACAAGUGAAUAUCAAUUUCAAAGACAACAAGAACCACAAUUUCCUGAUCCAUGUGAACAUACAGCAUUAACAUCAACAAUAACAUCUGUAAUGGCUGAUUCAACAUCACCAUCAUCAUCAUUAUCGUCAUCAUCAUCGUCAUUAUCAUUACAUAACAACACAUUGUACAUUUAGAUAUCGAAAAAAAAGUUUCACUGAUGAAUGUCGACAAGUGACGAAAUACCAGUCAUAUUGUUCAUUCAUUUCUAUAAAUAAAAAUACAUAAAAAUAAGAUGAUUCUAUACGUUUCACAUAAUAAGUCAAAUACAAUCAUUAAUAUUGUUAGUCAAUUAUUAUUUGAACUACCUCGAAAAAUACUAUUAUUCUUAUCAAUACAAGUAUACUGUUCAAUUUUCAAUUAACUCGAAGAUUAUUAAUACAAAGUUAGUCAAAGUAAGAAAAUACUACUGAAUAAUUUAAUCUAUAAAUAGUGUAUAUUCUACUGUUAAAUUGAUGUAAUUAGUAACGGUUAAAGGGAAAUAAUAAUAAACGUAUUAACCACAUAAAGAUAAGUGAGAAACAUGUUCAAUAUAAAUUAAUGUUUAAAUAGUAUUCAGGAUCAAUACAAAAUACACGUGAUUUUGAUACAUAACUUACUAUGAAUAUACAAUCACAAUUACAUCAUGAUCAUGAUCACGAUCACGAUCAUCAUGAUCAUCAUCUGUAUCGGCUUAUAUACUGUUUGUUUCAUUUGUACAAGGGAUUUGAAAAUUGUUGUUUACUUUACAAAAUUAUCACUUUUAAACAAUAUCACUUAAUUUCUUUCUAUAUACAUAUAUAAUACAACAA